AUGGGUCCUCGACGCGUUCGACCGAAGUCAGACCGGGGCGAACAAGACGAGACGGGAGGUCUGAGGGGCGGACGAGGGGCGGAGGGAAAGCGCCGGGAUCCACAAGGUGUCUAUUUUUUGGGGGACGAGGAGGCGUUCAGAAUGGCCAACGAAGCUGCCAAACUCAUUGGAGAUGGCGGAUACGAUGUCCAAGGCAAUCCAGCAUUGCAGCGACAGGCAAGAAUGCAGCACCAGAGCAUCCUCUUGAAGCCUGGGAAGGCCGCAGAAGCGAGCGCGGGAUGGGAAGGUCGUCGCGCAGUACGAGAGCUGCGGGCCUGUACGCCUCAAGGUUGGAGGCUCAUCACAUGA